GUAUUAUAUUACAAGGAAAACAAAUUAAAUCAAAUUCUUCGAUUCCAUUGGACCAAAUCAUGGCGACCCAAACAACAGCUAAGUCCAAUCCCAGUGAAACUGUUCCAAAAGUGGUUGGCGGUGCAGCUGUUAAUGUGGAUGAAGUAACAUCAGAUUUGGGUUUCGAUAUGGACGAUAUGAAGCAUUGUUUUGACAAUUUGAUUGUCAUCGAUGCAGGAGCUAAUCUAACCAAUAAGAAAUAUAGCCGUGAUUUGGAUUCUGUCAUACAAAGAGCCAAAGAUGCCGGCGUACAAAAGAUUAUGGUCCCCGGCACUUCGGUAAAGUCAAGCAAAGAAGCCCUCCGACUUUCGCGGAUUUAUCCCGAUAUUAUUUAUUCGACUGCUGGCAUACAUCCGCACGACUCAAAAUCGAUUAUCGAAGAUCCAAGCAGCUGGUUCGAAUUCCAGGAAAUUGCUGCCUCGCAAGAAUGUGUUGCUAUUGGCCCAUGCGGCUUAGACUAUCAACGUGAUUUUUCCGAACCAGAUGUACAAAAAGAGAUCUUCGAAAAACAGUUGCUUUUGGCUAGCAAUCUAGGUAAGGCCGUAUUAAUUCAUGAGCGUUCCGCACAACAAGAUGUACUCGAUAUACUAGACAAAUUCGAGAAUUUACCUCCGAUCAUUGUUAGAAGUUUCAUGGGCACAGCCGAAGAAGCAAUUAAAUAUUUAGACAGAAGGUUCUAUAUCAGUUUAACUGGUUAUUUAUGUAAGGACAAAUCAGAUACUGGCGUCCGUCGCCUUCUCGAUAAUGGAACCUUGCCAUUAGAUCGUUUAUUGGUAGAAACCGAUUCACCAUUUAUGUAUCCUAAUACACGUGCUUCAAAACUUCCACAACAUGUCAAGACUGGCAUUACUGAACGCUCUCUAUUGUACUUACACAGAUAUUGUACAUUUCAACGCAAUGAACCCUGCAGCCUACCCGCAAUUGUGGAGAUGAUUGCUGCCUUUAUGAAGAAGUCAGCCGAUGAAGUAGCUUUAGCAACAGCUUUUAAUGCUCUAAAAUUAUUCGGACUUUCUUAAGGCCCUUUUAAGUGGCUGAUAGAC